AUGGGGCCAUAUAGAAGGGAGCAAUAUCAUCUACCAAACUUUCGUCGUGGUCCUCAACCAAUGGGUAUGCGUGAAAUGUUUAAUCAUGCACAUCCGUCGCUGAAAUGCACUAUUGAGAGAACAUUUGGAGUUUGGAAAAAUAGAUGGAAGAUAUUAGAUCAUAUGCCAAAUUUUCCUUAUGAUAAGCAAGUUAAAAUUGUUGUGGCGUCUAUGCCUAUUCAUAAUUUUAUUAGAACUCAUGCAUUGAAGGAUAUUGAGUUCAAGCCAUACGAUGACGACAAUGAUUAUCUACCCCCUGGAAGCACGGAGGAUGAAGAAGCAGAAGAUUACUCGAGCAUGCAACAAUUAGAGAUAUCCAAUGAAAAUGUUAUGAAUAUUGAGCAUGAUUAUAUUACUCUUUCACUUAUGCAUCGUUGA